GUAAAUUAGACCAAGUUUCCAAAUUUCGCAUUCAGGCGAAAGCCGUUCGAGAAAUUAGCAAACAAAAGGAGGAAGAAAUAAGGAUAUAUCGCCAGCAUGCAGUGCGACGAAGUCAUUUGGAAGACGAUAGCGCAUAACUUUUGCUCGUACAAAGUCAAGACGACAACACAGAACUUCUGCAGGAAUGAAUAUAAUGUAACGGGUCUCUGCAACCGGCAGUCCUGCCCAUUGGCCAACUCGCGAUAUGCCACAGUCAGGGAACAUGAAGGGAAACUAUACCUGUACAUGAAAACGGUAGAGCGUGCACAUACCCCGGCCAAGAUGUGGGAGAGAAUCCGUUUGUCGAAAAACUAUGCCCAGGCUCUAGAACAGAUCGACAAAGAACUGAUAUAUUGGCCACAGUUCCAAAUUCACAAAUGUAAACAACGUGCCACCAAAAUGACACAGUACCUAAUCCGCAUGCGGAAGCUCCAACUCAAGCCCCGCCCACAACUCAUCGGUGUGAAGAAGAAGGUUGAGCGUCGUGAAGCGCGACGGGAAGCCAAAGCCGAAGCAGCGGCACGAUUGGACCAAAACAUCGAAAAGGAGCUGCUCGACAGGUUGAAGAAGGGGGUGUAUGGGACGGAUGCCAUUGUGAACGACAAGCAGUCCGCAUUCGUCGGUGCUUUGGAUAAGCUGGCCGAUGAGGGAGAAGUCGAGCUGGAUGAGGAGGACUGGGAGGAAGAUGAGGAGGAGUUGGAGGGCGAGAUGGAACGGGAGGACGAAGACGAUCUUGAGCGGGAAUUCGUGUCAGAUGUCAGUGACGAGGAGGAGGAUCUCGAAGACGGAUUUGGAACCAUGGAGUUCGUGAGCGAUGAGGAUGAGGAGGACGACAGUGGGGAUGAUGCGGACCAGCUGAGUGGUAGUGACGAUGGAACUGAUGCGGCAUCGACAACCUCCUCGCAACCACCAAAAGCGAAGCGGUCUAAACCUGCCACGGCGAAGGGAAGGAAAGACCAAAAACGUGCUCGCAUCGAGGUCGAAUACGAAACCGAGCAACCUAUUCGGGACGCUCAAGCACAAUGGUGAUAGAAGAGGGCAUCAGCACACAUGUCAGCCGUCAGCACUA